AUGCUCGCAAACGAAACCGAUGAAAAACCGAUCAAUAUCGAUCAACAAGAGCCUCACCAUGAUGAUGAUACAACAACAACACACAACAACGAAGCAAAGGUAGACACAGGAGAUUCUGGUAUUGAAAAAAUCAAAGAUUCCGAAGAUAAUACUGCUCCUCCUGAUGCUUCAAAUCAACAACCAACAAAUCAAUCAUCACCAGAAAAGAGAAAGGAAAGAGAAUUUGAUAAUAGGAGAGAUUAUGGCCGAUCAAACGAUAGGUAUUAUAAUAACAGAUACAACAACGAUAGGCGUUCGGAUUACAAACGAGAUUACAGAAGGGAUGAUAGAUACGAUAGCAGACGAGAAGACAGGCCCCACAGUCGCAGAGACGAGAGAGGAUAUUCACGAAAUAAUGAUAGAUCAUACUACAAUAGGAGAGAUGACCGAUUGGAUCGGAACCGAUCUGAAAAGAAGCCGCCUCAACAAGAAAAUGUUUACAUUCCUCCUUUCAAGCUAAGAAAAAUGCAACAAGAAACAACGGACGCAUCAAGUGAAGAAUUUCAAAAGUUGAAUUGGGAAGCACUCCAAAAAACCUUGAAUGGUAUUGUCAACAAAGUGAAUGCAACGAACUUGGCUGAUGUUAUUCCAGAGGUUUUUGCUGAAAAUAUUGUCAGAGGCAAGGGAUUGCUUGUGAAAGCCAUCAUUAAGGCACAAAAUUCUUCUAAUCAAUUUAGUAAUGUAUAUGCUGCGCUGACUGCUGUCAUUAACACAAGAAUUCCAGAAAUUGGAGAAUUACUGCUUAAGCGAGUUGUAGUGCAGUUUUUGAGAGCAUACAAGAGAAACGAUAGACAAAAAUGUAUUUCAUCGUGUCACUUUAUUGCUCAUUUAGUGAAUCAGCAAGUGGCAAGUGAAAUUCUUGCAGGUCAAGCUCUAUCACUUCUUCUUGAAAACGCUACCAAUGACUCGGUAGAAUUGGCUGUCACAUUCGUGAAAGAGUGUGGAAAGACAUUGCUCGAGAUUGCCCCAAAAAUAUUAACAGCAGUUUUUGAGGCCUUCAGAAACAUUCUACACGAAGGUAAAAUUGAUAGACGUGUGCAGUAUAUGAUAGAAACAUUGUUCAACAUUCGAAAACUAGAGUUUAAGGAUUAUCCAUCUAUCAAAGAAGAGUUAGAUCUUGUGGAAGAUGAUGACAGAAUUAUUCAUGAUUCUAUUGAGCUUUCCAGCGAUUUAGAUACAGAGGAUCAUCUUGAUAACUUCCAAUAUGAUCCAAACUUUGAAGAGAAUGAAGCUAGAUACAAGGAAAUCAAGGAAGAAAUAUUAGGCGAGGGCGAGGAAGAAGAAGAAGAGACGAAACCUGCAGAAUUUGCACAGGAAAUUCAAACCCAAUCUACUUCGGAGGCUGCUCCCGAAUCAAGCACAUCAAGUACUACCACAACAAAGCCAACACUUCUCGAUCCAAAAACAAAAACCGACGAAGAGUCCACUGCUCUUAAAAGAAAAAUUUACCUCACCAUCAUGUCAUCGCUUACGUUUGAUGAUUGUGCUCACAAGCUUUUAAAAUCUGGCCUGGCCAAGGAUCAUGACAUGGAAGUAUGCUCUAUGAUUGUUGAAUGUUGCAGUCAAGAGAGAAGUUAUUUGGACUUUUAUGGAAGUUUGGGAGAACGAUUUUGCAGAUUAUCUGACAAUUUUAGGAUUGAUUUUGAAGAGUGCUUUCGAUUGCAAUAUAGUAUUUUGCACAGAUAUGAAACUGGUAGAUUGAGAAAUAUUGCUAAAUUUUUUGCUCAUUUGCUCGUAGCAGAUGCUAUAUCAUGGUCAAUAUUUGUGAAUGUUAAACUUACUGAAACAGACACGACUUCAUACAGUAGAAUUUUUCUCAAGGUACUAUUCCAAGAAUUGAAAAGUAAGCUAGGAACAGAAAAUAUCAAACAACGAUUACUGAAUGAUGAAGAACAUCAACAGUACUAUGUCGGAUUAUUCCCUAAGGAUAAUCCAAAGGUAGUUAGAUUUGCAAUCAACUUUUGGAUUUUAAUUGAACUUCCACAGUUAGCUGAAGGUCUAAAGUCUUAUCUAAAAGAAAUGGCUACCAAAGCCACAGAAUCAAGCAGUAGUGAAUCUGAAAGUGAAGAAUCCGAUAGUAGUGAGUCAUCCUCUGACACCUCCUCUGACGAUGAAGAAUAA